UGAGAACGCUGCUACGGGCAGCUCUUUGGGUCAAGCGACUUAACAUUCGUUGUUUCCUUUUCUCCGAGGGCCGGCUUGGCAUAGGGGUGGCAAUGCCUCGCUAUGCCCAGCUGGUGAUGGGGCCUGCGGGGAGCGGGAAGAGCACCUACUGCUCCAUCCUGGCCCAGCACUGCGAAGCCCUCAACCGCUCCGUGCAGGUGGUCAACCUCGAUCCAGCGGCAGAACACUUUGACUACAACGUCAUGGCAGAUAUCCGGGAGUUAAUUGAAGUGGACGACGUCAUGGAAGACGAUUCUCUCCGGUUUGGCCCCAAUGGCGGCUUAGUUUUUUGCAUGGAGUAUUUUGCGAACAAUUUCGAUUGGCUGGAAGAAUGCCUCGGCCACGUGGAAGACGAUUAUAUCCUCUUCGAUUGCCCAGGUCAGAUUGAACUCUACACUCAUUUGCCAGUGAUGAAACAGUUUGUAGAACAGCUGCAGCAGUGGGAAUUUCGUGUCUGUGGUGUUUUUCUCGUCGAUUCUCAAUUCAUGGUGGAAUCUUUUAAGUUUAUUUCCGGUGCGAUGGCAGCCCUCAGUGCUAUGGUUUCCUUAGAGAUUCCCCAAGUUAACGUCAUGACCAAGAUGGACUUGCUGAGCAAGAAAGCAAAAAAUGAAAUUGAAAAAUAUCUGGAUCCUGACAUGUAUUCUGUGCUGGAAGAUUCAACAGAUUUGCUCAAAAGCAGGCGAUUUAAGAAGCUGACGAAAGCUAUCUGUGGCUUAAUUGAUGACUACAGCAUGGUUCGCUUCCUGCCUCUUGAUCGCUCCGACGAGGAGAGCGUGAACAUUGUACUUCAGCACAUUGAUUUCGCCAUUCAGUACGGGGAAGAUCUGGAAUUUAAAGAGCCCAAGGAAUCAGAGGAAGAGCAAUCUUCUGCUUUUGAUGAAUACUUCCAAGAUCGAGUGGACGAAUGAAGGCUUUUGGUUUCAUUAAAAAGAACGAAAAAAGGCGUUGCAUUUCUGCACGCUGUCUUCCAAAAUUCACAAACUGCUGGGUAAUUCUCUAGGAGCAAUAAAAAAACAGGGCUCCUUUCCCCCAGGGGGUUUAACGCAUAUAAAUGGAUAGCACCACAUAGUUUUAUUUUUGGAAGAAGUUAAGUAUGCAUUAUAAGUAAUAAAUUAUUGUGUUUCGUUUUC